CAUACAUGUUGGCAGGUCAGAGGCAGCACAUCACCUUAAUAUAAAACACAACUGACAAGAUUCUCCACAGCCACCUGGUCUAAACUUGGGAUGUAGUGUCUGUGUGGUUUGGAGGAGCACAGCAACAGGAGUGUAAAGAGUGAUCUGAUGAACAGAGGACCUUGUCAUGCAGCAGUCAAUGGAGGCGGAGCCAAUGACACAACCUGGCUAUAAUGAUAAUGAUGUAGGUCUGGCUCAGAUCUUGGCAGAUGUGGUAGAGGAAGUGAGAUUGUCCAUAGACAGAGAUAUUAAUGGUGCUGAUAUUCUGUACAGUCUGCUCAGUGCCCCCUGGCUGUACUCUCUUCUCGGGGUAUAUGAGUGUCUGGUGCAGCACAGUUGGGAUGCCCCAACCCCAUACUUGCCUCAUUCCUCAAGACUGUCUCAGGAGAUUAAGGCCAACAUGCGAGGACUGGCCGCCCCCUCCCUGGAGCUACAAGAAUUGUAUAUUUUGCUGAGAAGCUCUCAUAUGCAGGCUUUGCUCUCUGCCCAUGAUUCUGUGGCUCAGAGGGACUAUUGUCCAGUGUUGCCCCCCCUUCCUGACAACCUGCCUGAAGAUGAGGAGGCCAUGAGGAUUGCUUGCCUUGUGAAGAACAAUCAGCCUCUGUGCGUUGGAGGGGGGAAGCCCAGUCGCUGGAACAGCCUUAGACGACUCACAGUGGAAAAAUUGGCUUUAGCUAGGCGUUUAGGCUCAGAAGAGUCAAGCCUCAUGAAGGCUGCAGGAGAUCUGUGUUCCUCCACAGGUCUGCUGUCCUCCAUGCCCCCAGGACAGCCAUGCUCACUACCCAGGUAUCAGUCCACUGGGAGCUGCAACCUGUGCUGCCAAACUGCCCAGCUUUCAAGGGGAGGGCUAAAUCAGUCAGCUCCAACCGUUUAUGGCCCAGUGAUUACGGACAACUGUACCGAUGGCAUAGACACUGUACUUGAAGACCAACAACAUAGAUGGAAUCAAAGUAGAACUGCAGCUUGCACCCCCAGGCUCCACUCAUCUCUAGCAUACCCCUGCACAUGCUGCCCACCUGAGUGUGGCCUCCGUUCCCAGACAGCCCCCUCCAGUCCUCUUUUUCAAAGGCACCACUCCAUAGAUGCAACCCGCUCUACUUAUCCAGCUCUGGCUUUCACUAAGCAACGCAGCCUGGAUGAACUAAAGUCCACCAUCCAUACUGUGGCCAGCAGUAUGGAGCAGAGUACCAGUGAUGUCAGAGACCUCGGGCAGAGAAUGGUGGCAGUAACGGAGAGAAUGACGGACAGCGUUGAAGAAAACGCCCAGGCGUUAAGUCUGUUGGUGGAAGUGGUGGACAAACUGCAGGGUCUUAUUGUAGCCAGCAAGUCUCCAGAAGUGUCUCAUGCUGCCAGACCCCAAAAUGUAUCAAAAACAACCAGUGUGCCCAACUCAACAAAAGUUCCAGCUAAGAAAUAUGUCAGCAUUGCUUCCACCAUCCGUCCCCAUGUUUCGUUCACUUUAUCGUCUUCAUCAUCAACAUCAUUUUCUUCUUCUUCUCUCAGCUCUUACAUGGAUGUUUCUCGUGUAUCACCAAAAACUUCAUGCAAACCAUCAUCAAGCCAAACAGGAAACAGGACAAUAACAACAGGAAGUAAAAAUGGACAGACUUCCCUCUCAAAUGGCUUGACAGUUUCUAGGCCAAAUGAUGACUAUGGUACAGUACUUUGCCUCUCUGGCAAGAAGAAAAAGUCAAAGCUGAGGAAAUAAGUGUGACUGUGUUUCCCCUUCUCUCUCCUUACAUUACUCUUUGCUGACUUUGCUGGUUUUCUGUUUUUUACUACCAUGGCACGACACGACAAAGAGGCAAUUUCUUUAUCUUUCUCAUUGUAUCUCUUGUUCAUGAUAUUCCAUCCAUGCUCAACACCUGUGGAAAAAUUCAUUUGUUGGUAGUUAUUACUGUUGAUCUUACCCUCAGAGCCAAAUCAUUUUUUCCUUGCCUUCAGUGGUAAACUACUUAAUUAUUUCAUUCUUUCAUUCUUUCAGUCUUUCGUUCUGUCUGAAGCAUAUUCAUAAAUACUGUAUGUCCACUCAUCUUAUCAGUCUUUCCCCAAACUUUUGAAACUUUAAGUUCCUCUUUGUAAUCUGUUGCAUUUUUAGUUUAGGUCAGGUUAGGGAUGUUUCAGUUUGACAUGACUGCAUUCUGCUAUCUCAUUACUGUAGUCUCCAUCCAAUAUUUAGUCAUAAUCUCCAUUACACCCACAACCCCCUUCCCUUAUGUGCAGAAGAAAGAUAAGGUCAGGCCUUUCCUCUGUGGAAAUCACCAUGUGACACCAACUGUCCAACAAUGACAAAAUGAAUUGAUGUUGAUCAUUCCGGUCUGCUUUCUUAUUUUUAGUGCGCAACUAUUGAAAAGGAUGAGAGAACAGGGAGUAUGUUGAUUGCAAGGGUGAUAAAUGGAGGACUGGCAGAUCACAGUGGACUCGUUCAUUCUGGUGAUAAGCUGGUGGAAGUGAAUGGAUACAGUGCAGGGACUGCAGCCCGAGC